CCCAAAACUCCACUACCUCUCAAUAAUUUCUAGUAUAAGUAUUGCUUGUGCUCAUGAUGAAGAGUCCUGUAUCAACUUUUCUUUUCCAUCUGGUAUUUGUUUUUCUUAUUGUCUUCCUACUAGACUUACUGCCGAACCCAACUUUAUCUAGAAAAUUACCGCAACCUGCUUUAUCUUUAAAACAUCUAGAGGGGUCUCGUAAAGGUCAGACCAUAAAAGGUUUGCAUGAAAUCAAAAAUUAUCUCGAAAGAUUUGGGUAUGCUAAUGUGGUGGCUAAUAUUAGUAAUUAUCAUCGGGAGCAUGAAAACAAUGAUGAGUUCGAUGAUGUUUUAGAGUCAGAGAUCAAGGCUUAUCAACUGAAUUACAAUUUGGAAGUCACUGGUAUGUUAGACACUCAAACUCUACAACAAAUGAUGUUACCUAGAUGCGGAGUGCCAGAUAUCGAUAGAAACGGGAAAAGUUCCAUGAAAUGGAAUCACUAUAACGGAGGACGCGGGAACGUAAACUUCAAGUUUUAUGGUGGGGGACAUAAAUGGCCACCUUCCAAAUAUAACCUUACUUACAAAUUCACCACCGAUGGCUCUCAAACUAACAUAGAUUAUGAGACCCUAAGUUCUGUUUGUGCACGAGCUUUCGCAACAUGGGCAGCUGUGAUUCCUUUUCACUUCAAGGAGGUCGGUGUAGUUGAACAUGCUGAUAUCUUUAUUGGCUUCCGUACAGGUGCUCAUGGUGAUGGCAUACCGUUUGAUGGACCUUUGAAAACGUUGGCUCAUGCUUUUGCACCCAAAGAUGGAAGACUUCAUUUAGACGCAACUGAAAAUUGGGGUACUGGCCCAGCAUCAGAUGAGAUCGAUUUAGAAUCAAUUAUUGUUCAUGAAAUUGGACAUAUUUUAGGGUUGAAACAUACUUCUGAUAGGGGUGCGAUCAUGUUUCCGUUUAUCGGACUUGGGGUGGCCAAGAGGCAACUAGGCUCAGACGAUAUUUUAGGUGUUAAAACUUUGUAUGGGCUAAUUGGCUGAGUUGGAUGCUUGUAUGCUUAAACUUUAUGAAUAUUUAUUUCUUGCAUUGAAAUAAUUUAAAUA